UUACAAGUACACAUGCAGAUUGUAUACACAUGGUUGCCGUUCUCUUGUUGUGAAAAGACUCGAUGAAGUUUGAGCAUUUUAGAUACGAUGAAUGUUCGUUCACAUCUCGCCUAUAACUGCCAAAAUAAAACACCGUUGCUCAGCGAGGAUUAUCAAGAGACAACGAAGUCAAUAUGUCUUCCUUCCAUCUGUAACUUUCAAGUUAAAGUCAAGGUUCAAACACAUGCUGUCAUCGUGUUUUCCAUGCAUAUGUGGAGUUUGAUGUUUCAUUUCAGAGUCUGUAUACAUCAUAUACAUGCAAUGCUGUGGCGUAGCCCGCAUGACGAGUUAGUCCCGCUGUGCAAGGUUGAAGAUGAGGAAUGUGUGAAGUGUUGCGGAUUUCCGUGAAAUUCCAAGAGGUGUCAGAUUUAGCUGUUUAAAAAACAAGUAUAAGAACAGAACAUUGAACGGAACAUCAACUGAAUGGUUCCGGGUCAGAACUAUCUCAGUCUAUCUGUAUUAACCUGAACAUGCAGUAAACUUGGUAAAAAUGAACUGCUAACCCCGUAUAGUUUGGAUGUCAUCAUCGGAGUCACGGAGUGAUCUGAUCAUUUAGACGUGGGUAAAACAUUACCGGCUACCCCAUGCCCUUGCUACGCCCUGUCGCACACAGCAAAAUGAUGGAUGGUUCAAGCUGGGAAGCUCAGGCUAAAGGAAAGGCUAUCCGAUUUUAUACUGGCACCCGACGCGAAAUUUCCGGAUAAAGAUCGUCUCCUGGUGAGGCGGGGAAUUUAGAUGUACAGGAAACAUAAACAUUACAAUUGUAUUGAGUUAUUACAAUCAUAUUCAUUGUAACCAAUUUGUUUCAAAUUAUUUCCAAUGUGAUACCGCGGAACGUCGUGUUGCGUGGGCGCGUAAUGUUUACUUCCUCGUCCUCUCACAUAUGUUUAUCUUUGAAUUUUACAUCAAUGGAGAACAAUUUUUAAAUCUUUUUCAAUCAUUUUGGCUUUGGAAAUCUUUCUAGAUGGAUAGAGCACUGAAAUCUCAUCCGAGUGUGACAUCUAACACAAGCCUUUCUAAAGAAUUCACCUCGUUGUCUAUUGAAUCUGGGAGUUUGGAAAAGCUUAUUAAACUUGCCUUGCAAGAAUUUGAUGAAGAUGGUUGCAUUACAUCACCACCUUCAGUUACCAUUGUCCUCUUAACCAUGCAUGGCUGGUAUGUUACGUCUAAAGAUUUCCUUGCAAAGGUCAUUGAACUAUACGAGAGACAGAAAGGUGUAAAUGGUGUCCCGUUAACCAAUGGUGAUAAUGUUGCUGAAGUAUUUCAGACUCCACAUUUGAACCAUGAUAAUCAAGAUUCAAAAAAACUUACAAGUAUCGCUGAAACUAGGGAAUCUGGAGAUGAAUUAGACAAUGAAGCUGGAGCUGACAAACGUUAUUUAACUGUUCCAAAUGGUAAUGGCGUUGCAUUAGAUGCGAGUGAAGACAAUUUUCAUGAGACCAGUGAUUCGAACACUGGUGAAUAUAAUACUGUGACAGUUUAUACAAGCACAGAGAAUAAUAAUGAAACAUCUCAAAUGGCAUCAACUGUAGCAGAACCAAUGUUCUAUAGCGUGGCAGUUGUUGAGCCAUGUUCUGUAGAUCAGAUUAAAGAAACAGUUGAGACACCAGAGGUGAAAAUAAGAUGUAUUCGUGAAGAGUCGUUGGACAAACAAGAUGAAUCAAUGAUUGAGGAUGAACAGAAGGAAGGUACAAUAAGCCAAGAAACAUCAUCAUCUUUGAAUGAAAGUCACAAGUCAGAGAGUGAAGAUGAUCCAGCUAUCAAUGUCUGGAUUAUUUGUCAAUUUUUAAAUUAUUGGCUCUCAAAGUUCGGGAGUUACCUCCGUGGUGAUGAUAGCGUUCUGUUGGAUAUUGCUCAGUUUAAGAAAUCUCUAAUCAAUGAAUUUCCAGCGAGUGAGAAGAAAAUCAAACAAUUGCUCGGAAGAUCAGUAUUAGGAGCAGGCGAACUCCACAGCCAUUCGACAAGACUUGUGAGACAAAAAGAAGUGGCUCGCACGAAAUCUUUGGCAUUUCAUGACCUCACUCCGAAAGAUAUUGCUGAGCAACUGACACAUAUUGACUGCAGAUCGUUGAAGAAAAUACCGAUGUCAGAAUGGAAGACGUACGCAAGGAAGACUAAACUAAGCACUGUCCCAAGUCUUGAAAAAUAUGUUGUUCGGUUCAAUGGUCUAUCAAGAUGGAUAGAAGCUAUGGUACUUCAAGGUGCAUCUCCUGAGAUACGAGCUCAUGUCAUUGAAAAAUUCUUGAACGUGGCUGAGUGUCUGCGAAGCCAUCAAAACUUCAACAGUCUCAUGGCCGUGAUUGGUGCUUUAAAUCACAGUGCAUUACGAAGACUGCAUCAAACAAUGCUAGUGCUCAGCGAGAAUAAGAAGAAGUUUCUUCAAGAAAUGACCGAAUUCUUGUCGUCUGAAGGAAACUAUGCCAAUUACAGAAGAGAGCUUGCUUCGUGCAGUGGUUUUUAUGUUCCAAUAUUAGGAGUUCAUCUUAAAGAUUUAAUCGCUGUCGACUGCGCUCUACCUGAUUACGUCUCAGAUAAAAAGUUGAUCAACUUUCAAAAAAUGGUUAAAUUUUACACCGUUAUCGCCACCUUAAUGAACUUCAAGAACAUGCAACCACCUGCGCCGUCAAAAUUCGAACUGAUUAACAUGCUUCGCUUAUCAAUUCAAAUGACCAUCACUGAGGACGAAUUGUACGAAUUAUCCUACGCCAAAGAACCAAAGAGAUCAAGUGUUAUAUCACAGAGUGAUAGCUCUACAAAUUCUCAACUAUUUGCUGAUUGGGCUUCUGGUCGCGUGUCAUCGCCUGACUCUAAAACUAUUGACAGACAUGUCACAUCUAUGGUCGAGGCUGUUUUCAAGUUUUACGAUCGUGACAGUGAUGGUCGACUCACAAUAAGUGAUUUUGAGGCGAUUUCAACAAAUUUUCCGUUCAUUGAUGCCUUUGGCGUGGUAGAUGCUGAUAGUGAUGGUGUUGUUACAAAAGAAGAAAUGAAGUCGUAUUUCUUGAAAGCAAAUUACCGAGCUUUGGGAAGAGAUUUCAUACACAAUUUCCAGGAAACUACGUAUCUCACUCCAAGCUUCUGUGAACAUUGUGGGGGUGUACUGUGGGGUUUAAUCAGGCAAGGCUUUAAAUGCAAAGAUUGUGGGAUUAAUUGUCACAAGGCCUGCAAAGGUCAAGUCGUGAUUGAUUGUAGGGCGAAAAUAUCAUCGCCUGGUUCGUUAAACUCGAAUUCAUCAACGCUGGAAAGGGCUGCAAGCAAAGCAGAUGCUAUAAGAAAUAAAUGGAAUAAAAAGCGGAGAUCUCGGCAUCCGCCAUCAGAACAUGAGCCUAUCAUCAAAGAAGUCCCUAUCACCGUUGAUCAAACAGAUGCUGUUCAUUCAAGCCCAGACCAUGCUGAUCAGGAAAUAAAAUCUCUCAAAGAAGAAAACAAAGGAUUGAAAGAUGAGAACGAGAGUUUGCGAAACGAUUUGACGCAAGCUUUAGAGAAAGUUCGUAAUUUGGAAUCACAACUAAAGCUUGUUCGACAAGAGACAAUAACGUUUGUACUGGAACAGUUAGACGCUCUUCAAUUACGACGAAACACUGCUGUUUGAGACAUUUUUUAUGUUGAAUGUUUCCUAAGGAAGGUAUUUUCAUUGCGUUGCUCGCGUUAUUGAGUUGAGGGGGGAGAGAGGGCAAUUUUUGGGCCUUCUGGGAAGAUUAGAAUAAUAUGAAACAUGCAUUUUUAUCUAUCCUCCUGAAUGAGUGGUUUAUGGAUGUAUUUUUUGGUCUCAAAGAGGUAAUUUCUCAAAAAUCUAUACACAUAUUUCUAUCAAAUCUCUAUCCACAUAUUUUCAUACGUAGAAAUUAAUGUUGUAAAAUGAUUUUUCGAUUAAA